AUGGCUUUCGACGCUCUCUCACGUGGUCAAUAUCCAUCAGAGUUAUUACAUAAUCAAUUGUGGUUCAACGGUCCAUUUUGGUUACAAAAAGAAAAUAGUGAAUGGCCAGAGAAAACAAAUGAAGAAGAUUUGUCAGAUCUACCAGGCUUGCGCAGCGAUAAAUGUUUGAUCACGCAAAACGACAGCAGUAUAAAUAUCGGAACAGAAGAGAAAAAUGCAACAGAACGGAAGAUCAUUAAAAUUAUACAAGGUGACUGUUUUGGAGAAGAAAUAGAAAAUUUAUUAAAAUGCAAGCAAAUCAAGCGCUCUCGACUCGCAGCAUUGAAUCCGUUUAUCGACGAGUACGGAUUAUUACGUGUAGGAGGAAGACUACAGAACGCAACAAUCGAGGAAGAGCAUAGGCAUCCUAUAUUAUUACCAUCUUAUCAUCAUGUAACGGAUAUAAUCAUACGUAAUUAUCACCUUCGACUUCAUCAUGCGGGUAUUCAAACCACGUUGACCAAUAUUCGUCACCGGUUCUGGUUACUUGAUGGGAAGAAUCAAGUACGGAAGAUCAUUCGCCGAUGUGUGACAUGCAUUCGUCAUCACCCUGUGCCCAUUCAAGGUAAAAUGGGUAAUUUACCUUCAUCAAGAGUGCGAGAAGCAUAUGCUUUUGAGCAUACUGGAGUCGAUUACUUUGGACCUAUUUUCAUGAAGGAGAAAAAAUGUCGUAAUCGAACUCGAGUGAAAGCCUAUGGAUGCGUAUUCAUUUGUAUGGCCACAAAGGCCGUUCACAUAGAAAUCGUUAGCGAUCUGACACCGGAUGGAUUUUUAGGAGCUCUUAGACGUUUUAUCGAGAAUAUCACCUGGCAUUUUAAUCCACCACUGUCUCCACAUUUCGGCGGCAUUUGGGAGGCCGCCGUAAAAUCAUUUAAACUACUUUCUUUUGAAGAAAUGAACACCUUUGCAAUUGAGAUCGAGGCUAUCCUCAAUUCUAGACCAUUAUGUUCAUUAUCUUCUGAUCCAAACGAUCCAUCGGCACUUACUCCUGCUCAUUUAUUAGUUGGGCGCCCUUUGACAACUUUACCAGAACAAAAUUUGGAAUCUGUACCUGAAAAUCGGCUGACAGUCUGGAAAUUCAUUUCUCGAGUUCGACAACACUUUUGGAGUCGAUGGCACCUGGAAUACCUAAGUGAGCUUCAAAAGCGCCAGAAGUGGCAUUCAAACUCUGGAGAAUUGAAACCAAAUGACGUCGUCAUUAUCAUCGACAAAAACAUCCCUUGCAUGCAGUGGAAACUAGGCAUCGUAGAGAAGGUCACACCACAUCGAAUCCAUCUAUUCAAUUUCAAUCGAUUUUAA